AUGGCUUACCUCCUGCUUUAUGUCGAUGACAUCAUCCUCAUCAUCUCUUCUCAUGACCUUCGCAAAUCUAUCAUGACUCUUCUUGCCUCUGAGUUUGCUAUGAAGGAUCUGGGACCGUUGAGCUAUUUCUUGGGCAUUGCCGUCACCAGACAUGCAGGUGGACUUUUUCUCAGUCAGAGUACAUAUGCACGUGACAUUAUUGCCCGGGCCGGUAUGACAUCGUGCAAUCCUUCUGCCACUCCAGUUGACACCAAGCAAAAACUCAGCACUUCUGCUGGUACUCUGUGUGAUGAUCCUACUUUAUAUCGGAGUCUUGUUGGGGCUUUGCAGUAUCUCACAUUCACCCAUCCUGACAUCUCUUAUGUUGUUCAGCAGGUGUGUCUUCACAUGCAUGCCCCCCGCACAACGCAUAUGCUUGCACUGAAGCGCAUCCUGCGUUAUGUUCAGGGCACCUUACAGUUUGGCUUGCAUCUCUAUCCUUCUCCUAUCGAGAAGCUUAUUUCAUACACCGAUGCAGAUUGGGGUGGAUGUCCCGACACUCGUCGAUCUACUUCUGGUUACUGUGUGUUUUUCGGCGACAACCUCAUUUCCUGGUCGUCCAAGAGACAACCCACGCUUUCUCGGUCCAGUGCUGAGGCUGAGUACCGCGGCGUCGCUAAUGUGGUUUCCGAAUCAUGUUGGCUACGCAACCUGCUUUUAGAGCUUCACUUUCCUCUUUCUCAGGCUACUUUGGUCUAUUGUGAUAAUGCUAGUGCCAUCUACUUAUCUGGCAAUCUUGUCCAGCAUCAGCGCACUAAACACAUUGAGAUGGACAUUCACUUUGUUCGCGAGAAGGUCUCCCGUGGUCAGGCACGUAUCCUUCAUGUUCCUUCUCGUCACCAGAUUGCGGACAUCUUCACUAAAGGCCUUCCUCGAGUUCUAUUUGAUGACUUUCGCUCCAGUCUCAGCGUCAGUGAACCUCCCGCUUCGACUGCGGGGGUGUGA